CGAUUGGCUGCAACGUUGCCAUUUCUAUCGAGAACUCCUAGUAGUGGAUAGUAGGGGUUAGUAGUGGAAUUACAAAUAUUCGGUGACGUUUUGGUGCGGGACGAAAGUGAGAAAAAAAAAGUAAAAUCGGGAGAAUGCAAAUUUGGAUCGUCUUACUACACGACGCGUGAACUAUGUGUCUGUCUGACGUCGUGAUUCCAAGGUGGCAUCUUAGCAUCUUGAUGUCUUUAUUUGCGGCAUUCUUGCCAAUUACGCAAUAACCAGUCUUCAUGAUGUGAAAUAUUUCGUAUAAGGACCGCGCGUGACUCCAUUCGACAAUUUUAUUUCUCGAUGAUUAAUCGUGAACAAAUUGUUACCAGCAUGAGCUUUUGGUCUCGCAGACGAUUUCGCAUCACUCCGCUACGAGCGUUGGCGGCAUUAUUUCUGAUGAUCAUGCUGUUCUGGUAUAGUCUCAGUCGGCAAGAAACACCCAGGCAACCAUGUAGCGUACCUGAGGAAUUUACGGAAAAACUACACGAACUUGCCUACAGGGUUCAUUUGGUGCUAGCGAAAUUGGACAUUGUACACUUUCUAUGCCUUGGAGGACUAUGGGGUCAAGUUCGGAUCGGUCGUGCCUUGCCAUGGGCACGUAAGGUCGAGCUUUGCAUGGUUGACACGCUCAGAGACGAUGUUUUAAUCACGAAAGCAUUCCGCGAAGUUGGUUUAAGCGCUACGUACUUACACGCGGCUGGAGUAUAUCGUAUUCAAGAGCACGAGGUUGGAGAAGAUGCGCCCAAGAUAGAGAUCGUAGUUUUUGAAGAAGAUGCCGUGACACAAAUGUUAAGAAGAGUUGGUUGGACAAGAAGAGUGUUACCUCCAGAUUGCGAAUUUUCUCCUAGUCUACAAUGUUUUCCACCUCAACUUGUAAUUCCUCCUUUACCGGCUAAGCAAUUUGGUGGUCGAUUAAUUCCUGUCCCUAGAGAAGGCAUCGAAUUGCAAAAAUAUCACUAUCCCAACGAUUGGUGGCUCGAGGUGAAACCAACCGAUUGUACCGAACCCCAAGAAACGAUUGCGUAGUACUACAAUUUUCUAGACACAAUGUAUUCGCAAUGUAGCAACAAAUCGAUUUCGAACAGUCAGUAGAAAAUAUGCUCCAGAAUUGCUAAAGAAAAAACAAAAUAAUGUAUAUCUUUGUUUAGUUUUAUUACGAAAUCUUUUUUAUUUUUCAUAGAAAUAAUUUUAUUUCGUAAAGAUAUACAAUUGCUAAUGUAUAAUUCAAGUUUUCGAAUCGAAAUUAUGAUUUGCAUUCGAAAAUGUGAAUUAUAUAUACAAUUUUUUCAUUUAAGAUAAGAAAUAAUGUAUAUUUGCAAUGUGUUUUUUUGAAUUUUUAAAUUUAACGCAUAGAAAAAUUUUAUUUUGAAGAUAUAAAGAAUUUGUCGAAUUUAAAAUUGAUUCAAAAUGAUUUAAGAAUCAUCAAUGAUUCACACGGUGAAUGAUUAAUCACAGUGAAAGUUUGAAAAUUCCUUUUUUUAAAAACUUUCAGAAAUCUUUGUUCUUUCAUUCUAUUAUUAUAAGAUGGUUAAUGUUAUUAAUACAUGGAUAGAUUUCGAGAUCUUCUAGUCAAGUAAAAGUCGCUUUGCUAAGAAACUAUCAUCAGCUGAGCUAUGUGAAAAGUUCGGUGAUCAAAUACGUGCUAUAUGAAUACUAAUAUUUUAUCAUAAAGGAAUGAAAAAAAUUGUACUAUUAUACGAAUAAAAUUUCGCACUGGAUUUUUUCUGGGAUUUGCAAAUGAUUAGAAAAGUCGGGAUUAAAUAUGUGAAAUCAGGCAGAAAGAGAGAGAGAGAGAGAGAGAGAGAGAGAGAGAGAGAGAGAGAGAGAGAGAGAGAAAGAGAGAGAGAGUGUACAUGAAAGAGAGUGUCCUUAAGCGAUACAAAAAUUAGGAAAAUGAAUUUUCCAUGGAAAUUGUAACUCAUGAAAGUUAGACAAAAAUUAAGUGAAAAUUGUUCCUAUAAGGAGCUUGAUAUUCGUGAGAAUCUUCAACCUUUAUACGUAUGACUCCAUUUACCUAGGCAAUAAUAAAUUUUAGGGUUAAAUUUAUCAUUAAUAAGUGUGAAUCCUUUGCACUGUAUCGAGCGUUUUAAUAAUUAUUUAUUAUAAUCAUGUUUGAUAAUAUUUAUAUCAUGACUUUUUCGAGUUAUAAAUUUAUAAAAUGUUUCUAAGAAAUUUUAAAUAUUUAUAUUUGAAUCUUCGCAAAAGAAAAAUGUUAUAUGCGAAUUUAAUAUCGUGAUUUAUUGCCAUGUAUGAUAGAUGAAAAGUGCAAAGGAUUAAAUUUAUCACAAAUUAUACACAAACAGAACCGCAACAAGAAGAUAUAUUUCGUGCAUAUUCUAUUAUUUAUAUUUUUUGUGAUAGUUUUAAUUGUAUACUCGUGUAAAUAUUUGUUUAUAAUGUAAAAAUUAAUUUAUAUAUAAGUUUAUUAUAUAAUUUAUAAAUAAGUAAAUUUUUUCUCUGUAAUGAUACUUAAAAUUUUUAAAUAAUUUUUGUCUUUUUAUUUUUUCUAAAACAAACAUUCGUCUUAUUGCGAUUCUGUGUAUAUAGACUGUAAAUGGUAUUUAUAAAUUACAUCUACUAUUAUAUUUAAACUUAAACAUUUCUAUUUCUAGCAACUUACUUUGAUUCGAAGCAUCAAACUAUACAAUUAUACGUAUACCAUUGACGUGCUUCUUUCAAAGCUUUAAUAGUACAAUUAUUUAUAUGAAUAUUUAUAUCGCUUUUUAUACACGAUGUAAACGAGAACGAAUGUUUUCUAAUAUUUCCACGUUUCUAUAAAUGGUAAAAGUAAUUUUGUCAUUGUAGUUUUAUCGAAUAAUCAUGCUUUAAUUCUCGAAUUCUCAUUUAUUGUAAUCAUAAAACAUUUCUGACAAUAAUUCGUAUCGUUUUGUUGUAAACGUUAAGCAGUAGUUUCAAUGAUUUUGUUAUAACGUCAGGUAACUAAAAAUGAAAAAGAUUUAAAUUGGUAAAAAUGAUUAUGAGGAUAAUUAUACAACAAAAUAAUAUUUGUCAUCACCAUACCUAUACUAUGCUUCCAAAUAAUUGAUUAGCGUUACAUUUUUGUAUGGAUUAUUUCGUUUUAAAUGAAAUGCACAUACCAUUUCUCAUAUUUUAUAUAGAUAUACAUAUUUAUGUAUGAUGUACUUUGUGAUCUAACAAAUGAUCUAAAUUUAUUGUAGUUGCCUCUUGAAACCAUACACGUCGUUAAAUAAAACAUGUAAAAAAA